AUCGAAUCUUUAUCAGAAACGUACAUAUUGAGGAGCAUAGUGUGGGUGUCAUCAUACGAGCCGUCUUCAGACGUUGUAUGUGCCCGCAGCUGUGCAAACGGGUGGUCGGAUGCGUGGUCCGAGGUGUUAGUUGAUUCCGGUGUCUUGCUCAAUCCACCGAAUCCACACGCUCACGCUCACGCUCACUCUUAAGCGCAUAGGACAUCUCCAGGGAGGGUGUUCGCAGUUUCACAAUGAUUACCUUGAAGAUCUACAAGCAUUUAAAGGAAUGUGACAGGAAGAAGAAGAAGGCGCAAUCUAUAAAAAACUGGGUUAAAGAGCAACAAGCGGUUGCCACCCCCAAGCGGACUAUACCACCUGAAGUUGCUAGUUACAUACGUAAUGCAAAUCUGCAGCAGGUGCUUGCCAUGCUGGUCGAUGGAGUCUAUUCCCGUGACGAGGAAGCCACCAGCUUGCAGUAUUUGUUGAAACAUUUCGUCGAGGCCGAGUACGAAGCAGACGUCCGGACGGAAUUGUACACGGCUAUUUAUUGGACGCGCAUGGAUGAACUCGCCUCUAAUUUAGAAGACGAGGCCAUGGUGGGGAUUAGGCAUUACCUUCGAAAAGAUAUCCAUCCCAACGCGGCCGCCCCUCGCCUUGUCAUCGCUCUUCGCGGAACGAAAACCAGCAACGCUCGAGACAUUCGGGACAACGUCAGAGUUUUACUUAACUCACUCCACCAGAGCAUCCGCUACAAAAAGUGUCAGGAGAUCGUCCUUGAUUUGGUCACGAAGUUUCAAGGCCACCCAUAUAAUGGUAAACCUCACGAAAUUUAUAUCACUGGACACUCUCUUGGAGGAGCGAUCGCGCUUCUCAUUGCGAAAGAUCUCGCCUCCAUGAAUCCUCCUCAUCGUUUGGAAACCCACCUUUUUAACCCCCCAUUUAUACGGUUGCCCGAGGGUGUCCAAGCAGGUGCUCAGGAAUUGAUACAGAUGCGCGAGAGCUACAAGAAACUAGCAGAUUGGGUGCCGAAAUUGUACAUCAACAAGGACGACUUGUUAUGCAUGAGAUUUCAUAAAUACUACUCAAAAAAGCAGACCAACGUUCCCAACCUCCCUGUGCGCGCAUUGAUGCGCAUCCUUGGCAGAAACGACAAGUACAUAACGCUGAUGCCGUCGGUGGACAUGUACAUCAGUGAUUACAAAGACCCAUCAGUCAGCUUGGCGGCCCACAAACUCAAGCAGUGGUACGCGAUUGAAACCGUGAGGGUAGAGACGACUAGUUACCGUUUGUUGCCGAAGACACCUCCUGCCGCGGAACAGUACCCUCCACUCUAUGUUCAAGACGCUCAGCAGCAACCCCAACCUCAAACUCAACCCUCUUCCGGUUUCAAUCCGUUGGAGAACGCCGGCUACUGCAAUCCCAUUCCAUACGCUCAGCCACAAUUUUAUCCGCCAUACCAAGCUGGUUUCAAUCAGUAUGGGUCCGCCGCCUAUCCAAACCAGGCUCCGUAUAUUCAUCCGCAAUACCCACCGCAGCACAUAUUCAAUUACAACGCAUGGGCGAAAGUUCCAGUCUAUGGGUACCCCUAUCCAGCGGCGCAGCCGCAAUAUCAAAGCAGAAGUCUGGAUCCGGGCUCGAUCGAUGGAGCUCAACUCCACAAUCAGCCGCAUAUUCAAAGCAGAAGUCUGAAUCUGAGCUCGACCGAUGGAGCUGAACUCGGCGCUCAGCUCGAGAUGCAGUUCCAAGCUCUUGAAGCUCUUGCGCAGACGUAUGGUUUUACCGAUCAAAGGGGGCUCAGUGAAUUAACGGUUGAUCAGCUACAUUUCGGGUACGAGUACAGCUCCGACGAAGAAGAAGAAGAAGACGAAUUGAUACCACCACCACCGCAAGCGGAAUUACAAUGAAGGCUGGAUUGCUUUCGUUGUGGUGCUCAGAAGCAUACUCUCACGUCAAGGGUGAAUCUCGACGAGGGGCACCUCGGAAGAAGACUCCAUCACUGCAACUUCGCUCUCCACCGACACCGCGACAACAGCUCCGACGGCGACGACGGGUGAUUUCGGUAUACUUUGUACGCACUCGCUGUAUUAUUAUCCGUAUCCGAACUCGUAUACUACGUCGAGGUUGUCUAGGUCUUACGUGGAGAAGCUAAAUAAUAGGUUAGCCGUGGUUUGACUCAAUUUAUUUAUAGAUAUUAUUAUUCUUAUUAUUUGAAGUAAUAAAUUUUUAAUUAUUGAAAUUGAAAUAAAAUUUUCUAUAAACAUCUAA